AUGCGCGGAGCUGGGGACAUCGACUCCCGAUUUUUCCCUUGGCGUUGCCAGGCUGGCGGGAAAGCUGGGAAGGACUCCGGGAAGACCAAGACCAAAGCGGUGUCCCGUUCGCAGCGGGCCGGGUUGCAGUUCCCUGUUGGCCGCAUCCACAGGCACCUGAAGUCUAGGACAACCAGCCAUGGACGUGUGGGUGCCACCGCUGCUGUGUAUAGUGCAGCAAUCCUGGAGUACUUGACAGCUGAGGUCCUUGAGCUGGCGGGAAAUGCAUCCAAAGACUUGAAGGUGAAACGUAUCACUCCCCGUCACUUGCAGCUUGCCAUUAGAGGAGAUGAAGAAUUGGAUUCUCUGAUCAAGGCAACAAUUGCUGGUGGUGGUGUAAUACCGCAUAUCCACAAGUCUCUCAUUGGCAAGAAAGGACAACAGAAGACUGUCUAAAGGAUACCAGGAUUCCUUGUUAUCUCAGGACUCGAAGUACUUAAUUUGUCCAGUGUUGGUGAUUCCAGUGGACUGUAUCUGUGAAACACGAUUUUGCCUUUUUUUAACUUUAAGAAGCUGAAGCUCCCUUGAGCUUUCUAACAAACCAAAUUUCUGCAUUGAAGUCUUAACUGUAUUUAAGUGUUACCAUGGCUUCAAAGAAGCUAUUGUGUUUGUAGUGGGUUUUAAUUGAGUUGGCUGUUUCUAGAUUGGUUUGAGUAAGUAAAGGAAAUGUUUGGUUUUGUACAGGCGUUUCAUCCACUAGAGUGGAAAUACUCAAUAAAUGUUAUGUCAAGACUGA